CCUUAUCCUGAUCUGUCUCAGAAAAGAGAAAAAAACAACUCAGCUGCUGAGCUGCCAAUUCAGCUCUCUCUCUCGCCCUCAUUAUCUGAAAAAGAAUUUCUAUUUCAUGCUCCACAAGGAAGAGAAAGAGAAGCUUGACCCCCCACUAGGCCACCACUAAGUUUGAGGGUCAGCUACAGUUGUCCUAGCAGCAGCAGCAGCAAGCAGCAAAAAAAAUUAUUCAAAAACAAUUAAAAAAAUAGUAUCUAUUGAUCCCACAGCGGGUCAAAUGAUCAUGGAAGGUGAUGAAAAUGGGAUCCGCACCAGGCCCAAUUUUCCAUUACAGUUUCUCGACAAGAGAAAGGAAGAAGAAGAAGCAGCUGCCUCCUCCUCCAGCUACGGUGGCGCUCAUGAGUCCGCUGCAGCUGUUUCUUCAAAGGCCGUGGUUGUUGCCCGAUCUAGUUCCGAUGUUUCCAGCAUUCAAGAAAAGAAGCCGGCUCCUCCCAAGAGGACGUCAACUAAGGACAGGCACACCAAAGUGGACGGUCGCGGCCGCCGGAUCCGCAUGCCUGCCACGUGCGCCGCUAGGGUUUUUCAGCUAACGAGAGAGCUAGGGCACAAGUCUGAUGGGGAGACCAUCGAGUGGCUGCUCCAGCAGGCAGAACCUGCCGUCAUCGCUGCCACUGGGACCGGCACGAUUCCUGCAAACUUUACAUCCCUCAACAUCUCGCUUAGGAGCUCGGGGUCGAGCUUGUCGGCGCCCUCGCACUUGCGGACCAGCGGCUACUACAAUAGCACUAGCAACUUAUUGUUCGGUGGCGGCGCUGUGGCUGCAUCACAGAUGAUGGAGGAGCAGCAGCGCAGGAGGGUGUUGUUUCCGGGGGUUGAUUUGUCUCCGUCGUCAAUGUUGUUGAAUUUCAACUCCGGAAAUGUGAAUGCGAUGAUGGAAGCAAAGCAAGAAAUGCGCGAUCAAGGUAAUAAUAAUAAUAGUUCUACUACUACUCUAAAUCUUGAUCAUAUGUCUAGAGAGGGGAGUAGUAUAGGAAGAAAGAGAAGACCAGAUGAACAAGAUUUGUUAUCGUCAUCCUCGUCCCAAACUAGUCAUAGUCAAUUGGGGAACUACAUGUUGCAAUCGAACACGGGGUCCAUUCCGGCCAGCCAGAGUACGAUUCCGGCGACAUUUUGGAUGGUGGCGAAUAAUCCUUCUAGUACCAACAACCAAGGCCAGGCUGGGAAUAUGAGUGGUGGUGGCAGCGGGGCACAUCUUCAUCAUCAAGACCCGCCUAUGUGGACAUUUCCCACUAUAAAUGGUAACCAUGGGCUGCAUUUCAUGAAUUUUGCUCCUCCAAUGGCAUUAUUACCAAGCCAAGUGCAAUUGGGAGCCUCGGGAUUGAGCGCUGGUGGUGGCGGCGGAGGAGGCGCAACAGCGGACAGCAACUUGGGGAUGCUGGCGGCACUCAAUGCCUACCGGCCAAUUCUCGGCAGUGGUGCUCCGGUGAAUGGGCAGCAUUCAUCAGAAGAUGCAGAUGAGGGACAGCAUGAUGAGAAUUCAAAUGCUAGCCAACGUUAAUCCUAUGUCAACUACAAGAGUACUUAAUUAGGUUGGUUGGAUUUUAAUUAAGCGCUUUCGUACUAAUUGUUUUAGUAAUUAGGUAGUUAAGUUUCUAAGAGUGUGCAUAUAUGUUCGAUCAUUUGGGCGCAACAAGUGUGCAUAUAUGUUCGAUCAUUUGGGCGCAACAAGUUAUUAUGCGCGCGAGUUUGAUUGCUUUGCAUUUGAGUUGAAUGUUGGAUUUUAGUGUGAAACUAUAUAUGAUGGAUCAAUCACAAGUCUGAAGAUUUUAGGGUUUUGAGUGAGAGUCAGAAGAGACUAUGUAUUAACAAACGUGAUGGUUUUGUUUUAC